CAAUGGAGGUCAACAAUGCUUUAUUACCUUUGUUGAUGAUUACAAUUGCAGAACAUGGGUGUAUUUUUUGUAGACCAAGUCAAAAGCCUUAAUAGCCUUAGCAGCCUUAGAAAUUUCAAAGUCUUUGCUAAGAAUGAGGCUGGCAGAUCUGUAAAGGUUCUACGUAUAGAUCGUGGUGGUGAGUUUAACUCAAAGGAAUUUCCAGAUUUUUGUGAAUCCAAUGACAUUAAAAGACAACUUACAGCAGCUUAUACACCCCAGCAGAAUGGUGUAUUUGAGAAGAGGAAUUGCACAAUCAUGAAUAUGGUGAGAAGUUUGAUUUCAAAGAGUGGCUUGCCUAAGGAGUUUUGGCCAGAAGCUGUUAAUUGGAGUGUUCAUAUCUUGAACAGAAGUCCCACAUCUCCACUUUUAGAUAUGAUGCUAGAAGAGACUUGGAGUGGAUGCAGACCUGCUGUUGAUUACUUAAGAAUUUUUGGGUGCAUAGCAUAUGCACAUGUGCCAGAUCAGAAAAAGAGUAAGCUUGAUGACAAAGGGGAAAAGUGUACUUUCCUUGGUGUUAGUGACAAGUCCAAAGCUUACAACUUAUUCAAUCCUUUAACCAAGAAGGCCAUCAUGAGCUGUGAUGUAAUGUUUGAUGAAGCAAGCACUCGGUCUUGGAUAGAAAAAUUUGGGCGACAGAUUCUUGUAGAUUUCGAAAAUGGAGAAGAUCUAACUGUGCAAAACUCAGAAGAUCAGACACAGCAGAUUAGAGGUUUAACUUUAGCAGAUCUCGAAGUUUCAAGACAAACAGCUAAAGAAAGUCUGCCUGCAAAAGUAGAGCUCAGUAUUGGAGGAAGUCUGCCACCAACACCAGAAUUGGAAUAUAGAACUAGUUCACAACCUCAACGCAAAAAGAGAAGACCAGCAUGGUUGGAGGAUUAUGAGGUAACAAAUCUACCUCAAGAUGAUGUUCCAGUUACUCAUUUUGCUCUAUUUAUAGAUUGUGAUCCAUUAAUAUAUGGAGAAGCUGUUAAAGAAGAAAAGUGGCAAAAAGCCAUGGCUAAAGAAAUUGGUUCUAUUGAAAGGAACCAGACUUGGGAGUUGACAGAUCUUCCAGAAGGGUACAAGACUAUUGGUGUUAAAUGGAUCUACAAGACAAAGCGCAAAGAAAAUGGGGAGGUUGACAAAUUCAAAGCUCGCUUGGUGGCAAAGGGUUACAAGCAAGAGUUUGACAUUGAUUAUCAAGAAGUUUUUGUUUCAGCAUAGAACUCAUGGUAGAUCUACUAGCUUGAUGUGCAAUCGGCCUUCUUGCAUGGAAAUAUGUAAAAACAUGUAUUUAUUGAUCAACCUCCUGGUUAUGUGAAAUCUGGUUUUGAGCAUAAGGUUUACAAAUUGAAGUAAGCAUUAUGUGGACUAAAACAAGCACCUAGAG